ACCUCACCACGCGCUGCGUGUUCGGUUUGCUCGCCCCGCCUGACGGCAGUGCGUACGUACGUCGUCUCUAUGGUGGCGGCGGAUUCGGAGGGACAGAACGGACCUGAAGUCAGGAUGUUCCGCCGGGAGCGCUCCAUCCCCCUUCGAGGCUCGGCUGCCGCCCUGUGCAACAACCUCAGUGUGCUGCAGCUACCCGUCCGCAACCUUACACAUUUUGGGGUAGUCCAUGGACCCAGCGCCCAACUUCUCAGCGCUGGCCUGGAGGGUGUGCCUUUGGCGCAUCGCCAGCUCCGCGCCAAGGAGGGAGCUGGAGUGAGUCCUCCACUUAUCACCCAGGUCCACUGGUGUGCCCUCCCCUUCCGAGUAUUGCUGGUACUCACCUCACACAGAGGAAUACAGAUGUACGAGUCUGAUGGCUCCGUCAUGGUCUAUUGGCAUGCACUGGACUCUGAAAAUGCCUCCCCAGUACAGGCUGUGUUUGCCCGAGGAAUUGCUUCCAGUGGCCAUUUCAUCUGUGUGGGGACAUGGUCAGGCCGGGUACUGGUAUUUAACAUCCCAGCCAAGGGUCCCAACAUUGUUCUGAGUGAAGAGCUGGCUGGGCACCAGACACCAGUCACAGACAUUGCCAUGGAGCCUGCCCAGGGACAGGACUGCAUGGCUGACAUGGUGACAGCAGAUGACUCAGGCUUGCUGUGUGUCUGGCGGUCAGGCCCUGAAUUCAAAUUAUUGACUCGAAUUCCAGGAUUUGGGGUUCCAUGCCCUUCUGUGCAGCUGUGGCAGGGAACUCUAGCAGCAGGCUAUGGGAAUGGGCAAGUGCGUCUCUAUGAGGCCAGUACAGGAGCUCUGCACAUCCAGAUCAAUGCCCAUGCCCGGGCCAUCUGUGCCCUGGACCUGGCUCCGGAGGUGGGCAAGCUACUUUCUGCGGCCGAGGACACCUUUGUACACAUUUGGAAGCUGAGCAGAAGCCCAGAAAGUGGCUGCAUAGAGGUGGAACACUGUCAUGGUGAGUGUGUACCUGACACCCAAGUGUGUGGUGCCCGAUUCUGUGAUCCCUCAGGCAGAAACUUUGCUGUGACUGGCUAUGACCUUGCAGAGAUCCUGAGAUUCAGCAGCAUGUGAGAGAAGAGCAGCCUUCUUUUUCCCCUGUGGUAUUUAUAAAGUACCCCCCUCCACCCAGCCCCUGUCUGAU